AAACACGAGUCUGUCAUUUCAUUGUUAAAUUGUAAUUAUAAACGAAGUGAUUGAAAUUUGGUGAUCCAGAGAAAGAUAAAUAAAAUAAAAAGUGUUCGCCACCCCGUAUACUAGGCCAGGCCUAAUCAUGUCUUUCACUGAUCGCUACUCUGUUAGCCAUACAAUGCUGAGAGAUGGGAAUUCGAACAGCGAUUGUAUUGCUGGCACUUCAGAGCAGCAAAUGCAGCGAAGAUUGAAUUGUGCCCAGCUUGAGAAUCGGGGUGCUGCAGCAGUAAUACAAGAAGCUUGUGUGAAUACACAAUUGAGCAUUUUACCAAACGAACAACUAUUUGGAAAAUUAUACGAAUCGCUGGCACUUGAAACAAAAUUCCAGCCAUCAUUGUUUUUGCCAGAGGAUUCGAAUAAUGGUGAAGUUACUGUUGGCGCAAGAGACGGUGCAGCUCACGUCUUACGAUGCUUGAAAAUGUGGUACGAUUUUCCAAGUGAUGUACUUUUUGUGGCCGUAAAUUUGGUUGAUCGUUUCCUAACCAAGAUGAGAGUGCGUCCAAAGCAUAUGGCUUGCAUCAGUGUUGGAUCGUUCCUGUUGGCUGUACGUCAAUUGAAAUUGAACAUUGCUGACACCGACGAUUUGGUUGCUAUUUCGCAAUGUCGCUGUACAUCGGGCGAUGUCGAACGAAUGUCGACCAUUAUUGCAAGCAAACUUGGCGUUCAAUUGGAGACUGCUCCGAUUACACCUCUUUCAUUUUUGCGCAUUUUCUAUGUUGUUCUGCAUCGUGUUGCCGUAGAAGUGAAUCUUCAGACGUUCUUCGAGUCGACCAUAAUCUUUCAAGACUUGGUCUCACGAUUGGAAAUUUUGGCAUGCGAAGCCAGCUGUGCAAGUAUGCGUGCAUCGGAAUUGGCAUUGGCAUUGAUUUGCACUCAUAUGGAUGAGAUGAUUGCAGCCAAAUUUGGCGCGGACAAUGAACAAGUUCAAGGUCUCGUUCAGUAUGCAAUUCAAUUGCAAAAUCUCUGCAAAAUCACCGAACAUGGAUUUUUCGAGACGCACAAAAUCGUUGUUAACAUUUUGGAACAUUACAAUGGACAACAGAAACUACCACAUCGUCAACGUUUGGUGUGGAAGCUCUCAUCACGAACAAUGAAAGUACUUCGUCCAACCGAUCGUCUGACAUCACAUUUACCAACUAUUGAAGAGGACAACAAUCAUAACCCACUGCGUUCAAGAACUGGCAGUGUUUGCUCUGAAGAAGGUGAAGAUUGGCCAACAUCUCCUAUUCUUCCAAUCUAUGAAAAGUAAAACCUGCGUGCACAUCCCAUUCAUCUCGAGGAGGGAACUUUUUAUGAACAUCAAAUGUGAAUUAAGGAAUUUAAGUUUGUCAAAAGCAACAACAAAAAAAAAUCAUAUUUUCUGUUCAUCUCUCUGUAAGAGGGAUAACAAUAAAUUCAAAUUUAUUUCUUUCUUGAAACAAUUGACUCC